CUUACUCUCCCUCCAGUUAUACACACCAGCCUGGGGUUCCCUCACACUUGCUCCCAGUGACAAGAGAAGACAAGGGACACAGGGAGGAGAUCACUUUUUUUAUUACCUGUCUAUUUAUUUAAUCCUAAACCAGCUGGAUCAAAUACACGCAGAGAUAACCAGACAGACAGACAGACAAGACAGACAGACAGGGUAUACACAUACCUGCAAAGAAAAACAGUAAACAGUCAUAAUGUUUGGUUAUGGCCGUAAUAAUUUUACCUGGAAUGGAACUCUGAAAGAGCUUGAGAGCAGCUACCCAGCCAUCUGCAAAGAGCGACAUCGACGAAGUAUGACAGCCUCCCCAAACUCCUCUGGCGGCUUAGAGGUCCUCCUUUCCACUCUGCAGAAUGCAGGGGAUGUGGAGAGCACCUUAAAUAUCCUCAAUGUCCUUGAUGAACUUCUGUCUGCUGGUAAGCCAAGUUCAACUCUCAACCAUGUAACUGCAUUAACAGUAAUAUGGUAA